UCUGGACGCCCACCCGGCGCGAGGCCACCGCCGUCCCCGCCGCCGUCCACCCGCCCGUCCCGGCCCCGAAGUGACCGCCGCCCGCCCUCCGCGCUCGCGCUUCCUUCGCCCAGGCCGCGCCCAGCUGGAAUGCAGAGAUCGCCGCCCGGCUACGGCGCACAGCACGACCCGCCCGCCCGCCGCGACUGUGCAUGGGCCCCGCGACCCGGGGCCGCCGCUGAGCCGCGCGGCCCCUCCGCCGCCCCUGCCGCGCCCGCCUCGCCGCCCAGCCCGCCGCGCAGCCCCGAUCCUGGGAGCUAUGGCCUCAGCCCGGCCGGCCGCGGUGAGCGCGUGGCGGCCGACGAGUCGCGCAUUCGACGGCCCAUGAACGCCUUCAUGGUGUGGGCGAAGGACGAGCGCAAGCGGCUGGCGCAACAGAACCCGGACCUGCACAACGCGGUGCUCAGCAAGAUGCUGGGCAAAGCGUGGAAGGAGCUGAGCCUGGCGGAGAAGCGGCCCUUCGUGGAGGAGGCGGAGCGGCUGCGCGUGCAGCACCUGCGCGACCACCCCAACUACAAGUACCGGCCGCGCCGCAAGAAGCAGGCGCGCAAGGCGCGGCGCCUGGAGCCCGGCCUCCUGCUGCAGGGCCUGGCGCCCCCGGCCCCGCCGCCCGAGCCCUUCCCCGCGGCGCCGGGCCCCGCCCGUGCCUUCCGCGAGCUGCCCCCGCUGGGAGCCGAGUUCGACGGCCUGGGGCUGCCCACGCCCGAGCGCUCGCCGCUGGACGGCCUGGAGCCCGGCGAGGCCGCCUUCUUUCCGCCGCCCGCGGCGCCCGAGGACUGCGUGCUGCGGGCUUUCCGCGCGCCCUACGCGCCCGCCGAGUUGUCCCGGGACCCUGGCGGCUGCUACGGGGCGCCCCUGGCGGAGGCGCUCAGGACCGCGCCCGCCCCCGCGGCGCCGCUCCCCGGCCUCUACUACGGCGCCCUGGGCGCCCCGGGCCCGCACCCCGGCCCGCUCUCGCCGCCGCCUGAGGCCCCGCCGCUGGAGGGCGCCGAGCCGCUGGGGCCCGCCGCCGACCUGUGGGCCGACGUGGACCUCACCGAGUUCGACCAGUACCUCAACUGCGGCCGGACUCGCCACGACGCCGCCGGGCUGCCCUACCACCUGGCGCUGGCCAAGCUGGGCCCGCGCGCCAUGUCCUGCCCGGAGGAGAGCAGCCUGAUCGCCGCGCUGUCCGACGCCAGCAGCGCCGUGUACUACAGCGCGUGCAUCUCGGGCUAGGCCGGUGCCGCCGCGGCCGCCUCGCGCCCCCUCCCCAGGGUGUGCAGCUGCCGCCGGCGGGGACCACAAUGCUCGAGCCUGGCCACGGCCCGCGGGCCCUGCAAGGGUGGGUCCCACUUGUACAGGCUUUCCCAGGACGCGCCGGGCAGAGAACCUGUGGGCUGGCCCUGGCAGGGUUAAGUUUUCAAGCGCCUAAUCCUUCUCCUGCAGUGUUUUCUAGAAUCAGGCUGUAUUUUCUACCUUGCCUUUUUUAUAUACAUAAUACAUUAUAUUUAAAUUUUAAUUAAACUUUUAAACCUUUUC